UUUUUCUUUGUUUGCCCAUUAUCAUUGGCAACUCUGAGAGACAACAAAAUUGGGCCUCAAAAGAUAUUUUAGCUGUCCCAUUUCCAUAGGUUUCUCCCUCACUCUAAAUUGAAAACCAACUUCAACAAAAAUUGCAUUUUCUAAAAGAGAAAAAUAGCUUUAGAAAAAUGGAGUCAUUAUUCAUGAAAAAUUUGAUGUUUGCAACUCAAAUGAGGAAUUCAAUAAACCCAAUUCGUAUAACAAGGAUUUGCACCUCUUCUUGGAAAACUCACUUCAAAAAAUCCGACUUUCAAGAUUUUCGGGACUAUGUAAAACCUUCCCGCCUUCUACCAGCUACUGAUGUGAAAUUCUGUGGAGAUUGGUCACUGGAAAACAUGGUCAAUCAUUCAAAAUUGGAUAGAUCCAAAUCCUUGUACAAAGUCAAGGUGCAAACGAGUAGCGCAUAUGGAUCAGAACUUAGCGACAUAAACUCUGAAGUCCUGCUUUGUUUGGUAGAUGAAAACGGUGACUCAAUCUUACGAAGGAUAUCGGCUGGUCUGGACAAUGACCAUACUGUGCAGUCACAAGGUUCUGAUCCUCUCCACUUCCAAAGAGGUUCCAUAGAUGAGUUCAUAUUCGAGGGACCUAAACUUGGAAAAAUUGCAGCUGUUUGGAUCAGUCCAGAAUCAGGUCAGUGGAGGCUUGGAGGCAUGAGCAUAACUGUGAUUUCUCUGCUAAGUUCUGCGUCAGUAGGAAAUGCGAAGAACUUAUCAGACUGUACAGCCAUCCGAUAUGACUUUGAUAUCGAGGAUGUCUUGCUCGGUGAGAAAAGCGAUAGUUCCAUGAUGGAGUUUAGACCAUGUUCAGUUACUGAGUUUUCCCAGGACAACAUCAUAUCACUAAGCGAGAAAACUUCGCCAUCAUCUUCCGCUAGCACUCAGAACAUAUCAAAUGAAGAUACCAUGCAGGAAUAUGCAGAUUUGAAGUUAUCUUUAUUGCUUUAUGAUGCAAUCCUUACCAUUGCUGGUUCGUCUUUUGCAUUCUUAGCCGGGGAAAAGUCUGCAAUCGCCUUCUUAACAGGUGGUAUCGGAGGAUUCCUCUAUCUAUUACUUGUUCAAAGGUCUGUUGACGGUAUACCAUCUUCAGAAUUGACGUCAAGCAACAGGACAGAAACUCUUGAUCGAACCAAUAAAGGAUUCAAAGGUUCGGUCUUAAACUUAGUAUUGGCUCUUGCAGUUACUUCCAUUGCGGCAAAAUAUGCUCUCGGAGAUGUUGCUAGAGUGCUGACGCCGCAAGAUCUCAUGCUUGGAACAAUCGGGUUUCUACUGUCCAAGGUAUCCGUGAUUUUGGCAGCUUUCUUACCGGUAUCACGUUUAAGCGAAAACAAGUGAUACUAUAUGCUACAUAACAAUAGUUCUUGCACAUUCAUGUAUAGCUAUCUAAUACAGAGUUAACAGACAGAUGUAUAGAACCAACAAAUGUUUACCUUCUUUUGUUGUUUAUAUACUGCAGUGUUUUGGUCAGUUUGUACGCAACUCGACUAAUUUCAUGAAAUACCUACUAUGUAGUGUUGUUGUCA